GGUUCCAGGGGAGAACCUCCCCCCCCCGCCCCCACCUCAGGAAGGUUCCAGAGAAGAACCCCGCUCCCACUCCAUCCAGGUCACAAGGGCUGGAGCUCCGAAGGGCCAAGGCCCCCUGAGCCAGGCGAGAGAGGGUCCAAGGAAAGAUGGCCGGCAGUCACCCCUACUUCAACCUGCCCGACUUCACCCAGCCAUCGCCGCCCUCCACUCCGCCCAGCCUCCCCUCGCACCAGCGCUGCCGGCCCUCCGAUGCCACCAAGGGCCUGCUUGUGGCCCUGCUGGGUGGGGGCCUGCCUGCUGGCUUCGUGGGCCCCUUCUCCCGUAUGGCUUACCAGGCUUCCCGCUUUCCCUCGCUGGAGCUGCUCAUCUGUCGAUGUCUCUUCCACCUGCCCAUCGGUCUACUGCUUAAACUGCGCGGCGACCCACUGCUGGGACCUCCCGAUGUCCGGGCCCGGGCCUGCCUGCACGCGCUGCUCAACGUCCUCAGCAUCGGCUGCGCCUACAGCGCCGUGCAGGUCGUGCCGGCCGGCAACGCUGCCACCGUCCGCAAGGGCUCCUCCACCGUCUGCUCGGCCCUCCUCGCCCUCUGCCUCGAGAGCCAGGGUCUCAGCGGUUACGACUGGUGUGGCCUGCUGGGCAGCACCCUGGGACUCAUCAUCAUUGUGGGACCCGGACUCGGGACACUGCAGGAGGGGACCACGGGCCUCUACACCGCCCUGGGCUACGUGCUCGCCUUCCUGGGCGGCCUGGCCUUGUCGCUGGGGCUGCUGGUGUACCGCUCCCUGGACUUCUCCUCUUGCCUACUGACGGUGGCCUUCCUGUUUGGCUUGGUGGGGCUGGUGGGCUCUGUGCCAGGCCUCUUUGUACUGCAGACCCCCGUGCUGCCCGAUGAUCCUCUGAGCUGGAGCUGCGUGGGGGCGGUGGGGAUCCUGGCCCUCGUCUCCUUCGUGUGCGUGAGCUACGCAGUCACCAAGGUCCACCCCGCCCUGGUGUGCGCCGUGCUGCACUCCGAGGUGGUGGUGGCCCUGAUGCUGCAGUACUACGUGCUCUAUGAGACCGUGGCACCUUCUGACAUCAUGGGCGCAGGGGUGGUGUUGGGGAGCAUCGCCAUCAUCACCGCCCAGAACCUCAGCUGUGAGAGGGAAGGGCAGGUGGAGGAGUGACAUCAAACUCGAGAGCCCGGGGGUUGGGGGGUCAGGGGG